GGCGGCUGCCCUGUGCAAAGAUGGCUGACGCGGACUCCUGACGGCGCGGGUCGCCCUCACGUGGCAGCGACAGGGGCCGCCUCAUGGGCGACCUCGGCCGCUUCUCGCUGGCCCGGAAGUGGAUUUGCUCCCGGGCUCCUAGCAGCCUCCGCGGGGAGGGAGCCGCGGUCGCGCCCCGUAGCGUCUGCCCCGGCGCUCGGCAGAGACCAUCUGUGACUGUUUUCAAGGUAGUUCCACUUAAUGAGGUUAUGGGAGAGAAGGAGCCAUGUCAGAAGAAGCUGUUACUGAGGCACGAUUUUCUCUGAAGACGGUAGCUUUACGGGUAUUUAAUCUUCCCCUUUCUUGGUAUUAUUCUCUUAACCAGGUAAAGCUUUCCCCUGGGUUAAAGAAGCUUUUCACAGUAACGGCAGUGAGUGCAAUAUCAGUUAUUUUUCUGGCCCAUCACUUUAAAAGAAGACGUGGAAAGAAAAGCAAUAAAGUGCCACCAUGGGAACCAAGUCACCUAGUAUUAGAGUGUACCAAAGCAGCUGCAUCAGAAAAAGGUUCUAGUUGUUCCAGUAGUCGGCAAAACUUGACUCUUUCUCUGAGUUCUGCCAAGGAAAAAGGAUCUCAGUCUUGUAUCUAUGCAAAUGGAGGACUUUUCAGUAAAUACUCUGGUUCAGUUCAAAGCCUGGCUUCGGUUCAGAGUGCCACCUCUUGUCACAGUUGUGCUUGUGCCAAUUCUAAUUCGUGGGAUAAAGCAGAUGAAGAUGAUAUUAAGCUUGUCAAUAUUCCAGUGACUACACCUGAAAAUUUGUAUUUGAUGGGUAUGGAGCUUUUCGAAGAAGCGCUGCGUCGAUGGGAGCAGGCACUAACUUUCCGUAACAGGCAAGUUGAAGAUGAAGCAAGUUGUGGUUCCAUUAAGCUGGGAGCAGGAGACGCGAUUGCAGAAGAAAGUGUAGAAGAUAUCAUUAGUGCUGAAUUCAUUCAUAAGCUUGAAUCCCUUCUUCAAAGAGCUUAUCGUCUUCAGGAGGAGUUUGAAGCCACCCUUGGGGCCUCUGAUCCUGCUUCUCUAGCUAAUGAUGUUGGAAUGGAAGGGUUCAAGAGCCACAAGAAUAAGCAAGUCCAAGAAAAUUAUGAAAUCCCUGUGGCCAAAAGAAGUAAAAAUAAAAAUACAGACAUUACUGUAAAGGAUAAUGCGGAUGAUUUCUGCCUUCGAGACACCUUAAGCAUUGCAUCAACAGACUCCUUUGUGUCCACAGCUGAGCUUACAGAGCACAGAGAGAUUCGUAAUACAUGCGGUCUAGAUUCCCUUUGCCAUUGCCCAUUGUAUGAAGAAGCUAUGCACUUAGCAGAAGAAGGCAAAAUUUAUUCACGAGUGUUAAGGACUGAAAUGUUCGAAUGUCUAGGAGACAGUGACUUCCUUGCUAAGCUUCAUUGUAUUCGACAAGCUUUUCAGAUAAUUCUUUCAGAAACAGCAAACAGAGUAUUUCUUGCUGAAAGUGGAAGAAAAAUUUUAUCUGCUUUAAUUGUGAGAGCACGAAAGAAUCCGAAGAAAUUUGAAGAUGUCUUCGAUGAAAUGAUAUACUUUUUGGAACAGACAGAUCACUGGGAUAAUACUGAAAUGGAACUUGCUGCUAGAGGCGUGAAAGACCUGAAUUUUUAUGAUGUUGUUCUGGACUUCAUAUUAAUGGAUUCAUUUGAAGAUUUAGAAAAUCCACCAAUAUCUAUACAGAAUGUAGUAAAUAACCGCUGGCUGAAUUCCUCUUUUAAAGAAACAGCUGUGGCUUCAAGCUGUUGGUCAGUACUGAAGCAGAAAAGACAGCAAAUGAAGGUGCCUGAUGGAUUUUUUGCACAUUUCUAUGCUAUAUGUGAACAUAUCAGCCCUGUUUUGGCGUGGGGCUUCUUGGGUCCUAGAAAUUCCCUUUAUGACCUAUGCUGCUUCUUCAAGGAUCAAGUGCUUUUCUUCCUCAAAGAUAUUUUUGAUUUUGAAAAGGUGAGAUACUCAACCAUGGAGAGUUUGGCUGAAGAUCUUAUGCAAUUAUUAAUCCGACACACUGAACUUUUAAUGGCCUACCUUGGAGCAGAUUCACUCAGACACGUCAGUGCUUGUGUCAGUGGUCAUGGGCAUGUCAUGACCAGUGGGCUCGUAGAAGCAAAAGCACAGUAAGUUUAAAAUCCAUGACAAGUGAGAGGGAGUGCACUUGGACGUGCUCCUUCGUGCCUUUCUCUCUAACGCCGAAGCUAUCAUUGCUGUUAUUGAGCAGGCAACUGAGAAUGUGUCAUGUCACUAAGUAUGGAAAAGGACUCAGGGAGGUUAAGUGUACAUCUGCGAAAAGAACUGGUGAGCAUAUCAUUGUAUUUACAUAAAUUAAUUUUGCAGCUCAACUGUCAUUGUAUUUAUACUUAAUGUAUCCCAAAGCUUUUUUCCGUAACACCUGGGUAAAGUUAAUUUAUGAAAUACUGUACUUUUGCGCAGAUAAUUUGUAAGUGAAGCUGAUGGAGUUGUUUCCUUUAAAGGCCUAUAGUACGAAACGUUCAUUUCAGUCACUCCAAAUCAUCGUGUGUCUAGAUCGAGAAGGUGUUUCGACUGGGGUAUAUGCAGUCUCCGAUUCAUGUGACACAUGCAAUAAAGUAAUCACACGCAUAAAGUUGAAUGUGUUGCCACUGCCCUGAAAUUACAUUUGUGUGGGUGCAAGCAGUCAUUUUGUACUACAGUGUAAAAGGGCGAUGCGGGAAAUGCAGGCACCUUUGGGGCAGGAAUGACUUCCAGUAUGCAUUUUUUACUUUAUUUUGUUUUAAAAUAUCUAAACAUCAUGAAGAUGUUUGAAAGCACUUAUUUAUAUUCAAAAAAGCUAUGCUAGCUUCACCAAUUAAUUUAAAACUUUUUAUUUUUUUUUUCAAACUGUUACUACUUCAUAUAGCGGUGGUAAAUAAUCUAAUACCCUUCUCAGUUCAUGUGUAGCAUUUCAAAAUAUAUUUUUACAUAAGGAUGUAUAAGGAGAUUUGCUGAUCAUGAAACAGAAUCAAAGGCAGUGUUUUAUAAUUUAAAAGUAUUUCUGUCUUCCUCCCUUCCUUGUAGGAAGUCUGGUGUCUAUUUCAGAGGAAAUUUAAGCAAUUGUGGCCAUCUAUGUGCAAUGCAAAACUGUGGCUCAGGAUAUGGAAGCUUGAACUUUAGAUAGGAGCACAGCAUGGUAAGAAGGCAUGAGGGAACUUGCAGUAAAGUUUUUUUUUUCUGCGCUAGAGGUAAUAAAUAGAGAUGAUGUAUAAUCUUUGAAUUUCUGUAAACUGAAACAAUGUUCCAUAGUUAGCUGAGGCUUUUAAACUACACUUACAUAUAUUUUGCCACACAAUGCCAGCCCACAGGAAUCUAUCCUGUGUCAAGUAAUACAGAGUAAGGAGAGAGUAAUUCUAAAUAGUCAGAUACUUGAGAAGUAUACUGUUAAAAUCUGGCAUAUUGAAACAAACUUCAGUUAGAAACAUUUCAACUUCUGUUGCAAACGCAACCCAAAAGGAUGAUACUUAAAAAGGAGGACCUGUAUAAUUCUGUAGAUUUUACUGAAGCCAACAUUCUGCUCCUUUGUUGUACUCAUUUGCUAAAUAUAAAAAUUAUGAAAAUGUGUCAUAUAACUUAUGUGAAAUGCCAACUGAUUAUAGUUUAUUUAAAAAAGUAUACUUCUAUGUGUAAUAAAACAGAAAUUCCAAAUGCUGCUGUUGGUCUAUUUCCUCCAUUCAAGUUGCUGAACUUGGCAGCAUGCUUCAUGCUAUACUUUUUUCUCCGCAAAGUAUGUCUUUAGUGCUGGAAUGUGAAGUUUUUCUCACCCAUCUCACUUAGCUUAAACAUACUUAUCUGCUCAGAAGUAUCUGUAUUUUGGUUGCUUUUUUCAAGCCUAUGAAUGAAAUUAUAUGGCACAGCAAGGCGUCAUCUUGUGUUCAGACUCAAUAGGAAUAGCUGGAAAUAGAAGUAACAGAGUAAAUUGCAUAUCCACAGCAGAUGUACUGCCUGGAGGUUGCAGUGGUUUGUCUGGUCUAGUAAAAUGAUACGAAGAAAAUUACACCGUAACAUUCAUCACAAAAAGACAGAAAUGUACUUUUUCACAGAAGUAAAUGUAUAUUUAAGUAAGCCAUUUUCAUAUUAUUUAUAAAAAGCUUUUAAAGAAAGUGCAACAGCAUUGCAUGAGAUUAUAAAUGUUUCCAGGUAAUUUAAAAGUCAAUCUUCUGUCAAAACAAAAAAGAUAUUUUUAAACAGAAGAAUGAAAAAGGCCUAAUGAAACACCAAAAUAUUUAGAAAAUGGGUAAGAACUUGAUAGUAUCUGGCUUAAACAAAUGUAUCCCUUUAAGUCAGGAGCACUUCCAUGUACUUGUAGAGCUCUCAAAAGUCCAUAGAAUGGGAUUGGCAAUUGAAUUGAUGUAUUUCCCAUCCAAAAUAAGAAUUACAGUAUCUGGUUGGUGUAAGAAACAACCAACAAAUGUUUGAAUGAGAAACAGUUAAGAAGAAAGAAAGAAAGAGAGAAAGAGUGUAAGGGAGAAAAAGAGAAGAGGGAAAUGUGCAGGUAGGUGUGGGUAGGCUUUUGAUCUCCUCUGGGUCUUUUUGGACCUUUUCCCAGAAAGCAUUCCUACAUUCUGUGCUUCCUAACGCCAGGGACAGAGCUGUACCUUGCCAUGGGAGGUAACUGUCUCCUUGUAACACAGAACUGGAAUCAGCUCUCUUAUAACUGAAGGUUUAUACACCUUAGUUAGAAGUUGUAUAAAGAAUAUCUGUUGAUAACCAGCCAUAUGGCUUAAGAAUUUCAGAGGUCCACCAUCUUUGAAAACACAAGUGCCAGAGAUGCACUAAAGCACUGAUAAUGUGAUGCAAUUCUAUUUUAGUGAAUUCAUAAUCAAAAUCAGAAUUUAGGAUAUAAUCUUGAAAUUUUUAAAUAGUUUGGAAUGCCACUUUCCAUGCUGAUAAGAACAAGCUAAAUGCAAAAGCCAUCCUCUUCUGCCAUAACUGUAUGCUGAAGAUCAGAAAUGUUGAAUGUGUAGGGAUUAUACAAGAAUCAAAUAUUUAUAUCAUUUGUAAUUUAGUUGUAAUAGUAAUCUCACUUUUAAUGUGUUCUUAAUGAUUAUUAUAUUUCACUUUUGUAGUCUUUGGUUCCUAUCAAACUAAAUGUGUCAAAUCAAGUGUCAGAGUAAGCAUAUUUGUGAACUUUCUAUUGCCUAAAUGAACUGCAGCUGUGUAUAUUAAAUAAAAUAUUUCAGUGAAACAA